CAGUACUUUUGUUUUUGGGGAAGGAGACUCAAAGAAGGUCUUCGACUUCACAGCUGAGGAUGUGGCACGUGUAUACGACCUUCCUCUCGGUGGGGCUGUGAUUGAUUUGAAGAACGUUGAGGGGGGAUGCUCGACAGUUUCAGCGAGGAAGUUGGCAUGAUUCCUAACAGGGCUCGCAUGGUUCCUAUCAAGAAGAUGCGAGAGUUGGCCAUUCUAGCCAACGGUCCUAGACCAUCUGUUGCAAUUGCUGUCAAGCAAUUCUUGUUGCUAGCUACUGGUUCGAUGCUCGUACCAACAUUUUCUCGGAGGUGCAAGCUGGACUUUGCCCCAUACCUAGGUGGGAGUGUUGAGGACGUGAGGGUGUACGAUUGGUGUACAUUUAUUGUCCAUGAACUGAAAAUAGAGUUGACAGUUGCCAAGAAAAAAGAACAUAGUGCAAAGGCGCUGGGCUCGCCGUGCGUGUGGGUUCUCGGAGAUUGCUACUUCUUGAUACUCCAUCUGUUGGACUCU